AUGAGUGAGGAAAACUUGACAACAAUUGCACCGCAUCGCGGAUUCAAUCAAAAAGCACGAGAUAUUCUCAUUGGACCUGAAGAUAUGCCGAACGGAGUGUAUUUUAAAGGUAUGCCGUUCAAAUCGAGCAGUGAAUUCGAUCUUCGCAAGAAGAUUCAGUCUAGCUUCAAAAAGGGGAGCAAUAACAGCUCACCAAAAUCUCAAUCCUCAACGCAUUUGAUUCCGGAGCAUCCGGUUUUCGACACUAUUGGAGAAGAAUCAAAAGUGAAGAAGCAUCUCAAGCUAUCGGAGAUUGGAAAAGCGCGCUCAUGCGCUGAGCUAAAGUCAGAUAAACGACUUAUUCGCACUUUCCAAGAAGACAACAUUUUGAAAAUGCCCAGCAUUGAUUCGGACAUUGGACUUGUUGGUCCGAUGCCGGAGAUUGAUAGUCUCUGCAUUGGAUUUGAAGGACUUGGAAAGUCUGUCAUUUAUUCUGCUGACACCAAACAACCCAACAAGAACAAGGAGGUCAAGAAAUGGCUCAACAAAAAUAACAACCAGUAG